CGCCAACCCAUUUUUGUCGGCAAGCCCACGAGGAGCAUGGACGAGGCCGUCGCGACGACCGAGCAGCAUGUGCUGCUACCCGAGCUCUUCCAGCGCGUCGCCGAGUACAUCAUGACGUCCAAGGACAUGCUCUCCUUCCUGCGCGCGCUCCCGACGGCGUGGCUAUCGGCGCCGCUCCGGGCGCUCCUCUCGCUCUACGGCGCGGUGCGCAGCCGCCGCCUCGUCGUGCCCGUCGGCGACCCGCUGUACCCGAACCACGUGCGCCUCUGGCCCGAGUUUCUCAUGCCAACGACGCUCGCCGACGCCGAGCUGCAGCGCUGGGUCGAGAUGGCGGCGGGGCUGCAUCCGAUCGUGUGCCUUGACACGGUGCACAACGCGACGCCGACGUACGAGAUGCCGCCCACGACCAAGCUCAAGCUGCUUGAGAUUGCAACGCCGAGCCAGCUCAAGGCGGCGCUCGAGACGUGGGGCCGGCGCGUCGCCAGCAUCGAGCUCGACUUCGCCGACGACCACGACAACGAAGACGAAGUCGAUGUCUGGACGCAGGCGAACCUGGACCGCUUCUGCUACGCGCUCACGAUCCUUCCUGUGCUGCGCGAAGUCGACAUGAUCUGGCACUACGCCGCGACGCACAAGCAGCAGCUCGCGCUCAUGCAGGCGCUUGGCGCGUCGCAGGUGACCAACCUUGUGAUUGAGUACGUCAAUUCGCGCGUCGAGUGGACCAAGCCGACGGUGCUUGCAUUUGCGGCCUGGCUCGCGCACCGGCCAGUUGAGUUUAUCAAGCUCGACGGUCUCUGGCUCAACGAGGAGUGCCUCAAGAUACUCUGCGACGCCUUCUGCGCCUCGACGACCCUCAAGGAGCUCGACUUGCGCUUUGGGAGCCUCCCCACGGGCCUUUUUUACGCCAGGUCGACGCUGCCACCGCAGCUCCAGUCCUUGGGCAUGGAGGUGUGCAGCUACAACGACCUCCCGGUCAUCAUUGGCACGCUCCGUGGCGCCAACAUCCUCGGCCUGAACCUCAGUUUUGAAGAAGAGAUUCCCGAAGAGAUCGAGCAAAGCGUCGCCUUUGUCGAAGCGCUCACGCGUCUCAGCAAGCUGCGGCGACUCGAGCUCACGCCGUUUGUCGUGCCGCCGCCCGCCUUGCCGCACUUGGCGACGCUUCUGCCGCAGCUCUUGUACCUCGAUCUGGAAGCCUCGAAUUUGAUGGACGAGGGCGUCUUGGCGAUUGCCCAUGUCCUCCCGAGCUGCCCACGCCUUGAAGCCCUUCGCCUCGUCGACCAAGACUGUACCUACCUCAGUGCGAUCGCACUCGCCGCGGUCAUUCCGCGCUGCAAGGCGCUGAAGGUGCUCGACCUUCCGGGCAACCGUAUUGGGUCCAUCGGCGCCCAUGCGCUUGCGACGAUCUUCCAUCGCCUCGACGCGGUCGACAUCUCGGACAACUGGAUUGGGUUUGACGGCGCGAUGGCCUUGAGCCGCGUCAUUCCCGAGACGUGCCACAUGGAGACGAUGGGCCUCCACGACAACCCGUUUGGCAUUGAUGGCGCGCUCGCUAUCAUUUCGGCGCUCGAGGCGUGUACCUACCGCGAAGGCAAGGUGCACAUUGGUGACACGGUCGAGACACCGGAGGAGCUCGAAGAAUGCCGCACGGCCGCGCAGCGCCUCCCGGACCUCGCGUGGCUGUGCCUCGAACGCCACGACAAUGAGGAGGAGCAGCACCACGAUUAAUUUACAAAAAAUGUGACGGUGAACAUGGGUUG